AUGAAGGAAGAAGAUGAAGAAAAAAGAUUAUAUAUGUUCAAAGAAGCUUCGGAUCAUGAACAAGAUCAGGAACAAAAACAGAAACAAGAACAAGAAGUGCAAUCAACCCCAGUACGUAAAUUUACAUGGAAAUUCAUACUUGAAGUCUUAGUAGUUAGUAUAAUUUUCCAUGUUUGUGCUAAAAUACUUGCUAUUAUUAUGAUUUUCACUUAUUAUUUAAUACGUGAUUUUAUUACAGGAUCAUAA